CAGCUGUAGGUGGGCAGGCACGGAACAGGAAAUUGUCUCAAUCAAAUGAUGCAGCUUCUGCUUCACAGUGCAAAUGUUUGUAAAGUAUCCAUAUAUUCAAUAUUUGUUAUCUUUAUUAAUAUGCAGUAUUAGAUAGUUGAGUUUGAAUCCGGACGUUUGCUUUACUGGACUUCUGAAAUCUCAUCCCAGGAAAUAAUAUCCUUUGACGCCAUGGGGGAGGUUGAGUUGUCCUGUCUCGCCUAUGUGAAGAUGUACCUGCACGCUUGUCUGUUUCCACGGUGCAGUGUCAAUGGGCUGCUGUUGUCGUCCAGCCCAGCAGGUGGCGCUGUGUGUGUGACAGACUGCGUUCCCUUGCUUCACUCUCACCUACCUUUGGCUCCCAUCACCCAGCUGGCUCUCACACAGGUGGAUGUAUGGUGUGCACAGACACAGCAGAGGAUUGUAGGAUACUACCAAGCCAACGCCUGUGUGUCAGACAGCAGCCCUACGCCAUGUGCAUUGAAGAUUGCAGACAAGAUAGCCGAGCAGUGUAACAAUGCAGUUUUGUUAAUGAUUGAUAGUGGAAAGAUGUCUCCUGACUACAGGGUGCCUCCCAUCGUGAUGUACGAGCGAAAAGACACGCGCUGGACCCUCAAAGACAAACACAUGAUAAUGCUGCGGCAGUGGGAGGAGACUCGGGAAAUAGCCAGCCAGCUGCUGGUCUCUGGAGAUCACUCCUUAUUAGUGGAUUUUGACAGCCAUUUGGAUGACAUCACUAGGGACUGGACAAAUCAGAAACUGAAUGCCAAAAUAGCAGAGCUUGCCUCACCAGCCAAUAGUAAUGUCUGAAAUAAGCUUGUAGAUUAUUAACUUUUGUGUUACUUCUUUACAUUUUAAAUAAAGUUUGAAUUAUAUACUGUAUAUCUUAAACCUACUGAAACUACAAAUAUUUAGGUAAGAAUCUUAUUUUUAUUAUUACCAUCUAACAGCCAAAUAAGCACAUCAUGCAUGAUCAUUUCAAAAUAUGAAAUAGAUUUUUAAUACGCUCAGGCAGAACACUGACAACACAAAACAUGCAUAAAUAACAUAAAUAUUUACAGAUAUGUGCAGUCUUCCACCUAACGGUCUCAGUCCAGAGUGUGCCUUGUGUCAAACCCAGCAGCCAUGUUGUUAACCCACUUACAACCACUAACAGAGCCGUGCUCAUAGUUCACUGGCUGCCAAUGGCAUCACAACAUUAUGCAUCCUGACCAACUGCUUUGAGUGUGUAAGCUUUUAUCAACUCAUUAAACUACAUCUACAAACUA